AUGGAAGAAUUCAUUUUCGAUUCUGAUAAUUUAAUAACAUUUUCUGCUAGCUUUGGCGACACGCCCGUGGAGGACCUUUCCGAUUCUCGCCUUGAAGUUGCUCUUCAGGAGCUAAAUGAUAGAUGGACAAUUCUUCAAAAGACUUAUAGGACACUUUGUAUUUCGAAGGACUCAAAUUCUGAUGAGGGGCUGCUACAGUCAGCUAGAAAGAAGUUUGUUAAAUGUACAAGUGACUUUCAGUCUUGUAAAGCCAGGAUUUUGGACUUGCAAAAGACCCUCAUAAACCCCUAUAAUUCAUCCUCUUCUCCUGUUUUAGAAAGUCCAAUUAUGGACAACUCUGUUCCCUGCAUAAAGGUCCCUCCUUGCGACACAGAGAUCUUCUAUGGGGGCUAUGAGGAAUGGCCCUCAUUCAGGGACAUGUUCUCCGCAGUGUAUGGAGAACAUCCCAGAUUAUCGGCCGUACAAAAGUUGUAUCACCUUCGUUUGAAGGUAAGAGGCCAGGCGGCACUUAUUGUGAAGAAAUAUAAGCUCUGUGGAGAGAAUUUUGCUCUGGCGUGGGAUGCUUUAAAGACUCGUUACGAAAACAGGAGAAUUUUGGUUGACAACCAACUAAAAAUCCUCCUCAAUUUAAAGCAAAUCCCCUCCGAAAGCAGCGAGGCCCUUCAGGAAAUCCAGGCUACAAUAAAUGAUUGUUUGGCCGCUUUAAAUGCUCAGAAAAUUUCCACAGCCGAUUGGGACCCUAUCCUCGUGUUUUUGUGCUCUACAAAACUCCCACAUGAAACCCUUUCACUAUGGGAACAGUCAUUGAAAUCACAUAGGGAUCUCCCCAAUUGGGACCAAAUGGAUACCUUUCUUUCCAAUCGGUAUGAGGUGGUCGAAAGACUCAAUAGCAUCCAGGGCGCCAAGAAAGGGAACAGUAGAAAACAGGAUUCUGAUAUUCAUGCUUUCAAUACAGAAAGUAAAGCCCAAUUUCCCUGUAAGAUUUGCAACUCCAACCAUUCUCUUCGAAGCUGCCAAGAAUUCCUAAAAAUGAGUCCCCAAGCUCGCAGCGAAUUUGUACGGCAGAAUAAUACGUGUUUAAACUGCUUGUCAUAUACACAUAUUCGGAGCGAUUGCAAAAGCAAAUUUCUGUGCACAACGUGCAAGAAAAACCACCAUACGCUCUUGCACUUUCCCAAUUCCAACACCAAAUCUUCUCCAAACAAGUCUAACGUAAAUACCACAAACCCUGUUGACGUAAACUCUCCUAUUGAAUUACCAUCCACUUCCACUCCUAGCCAAGACUUUUACCAAGUGACCCAAACGUCGUCUCAUUAUGUUUCCGAGAACAACCAGCUCUGCGAGAAAACCCUUUUGCCAACCGCUUUAGUCUCCAUAAUCCAUAAUGGAGACACAUUUAGUGCUCGUGCUUUUCUUGACCAAGGGUCAGAAAAAACCUUUAUCUCUAAACGUUUGCAGCAGCGUUUGUUGCUUCCAACCGAACCAAUGAAUUUUCAAAUACGGGGAAUGGGCGGCGGUGUAGUGGCAAACUCAAAGUCCUUUUGUAAGCUCACCCUAUAUUCGAGGAAACAUGACCACUCGCUGGCCAUCCAAGCAAUUGUCGUCCCCAAGAUAACCCGACUACUGCCAAACUUUUUUGUCCCUCAAUCAGAUUAUUCUUAUGACGAUUUAUCUGAUUUAGAUCUGGCUGAUCCUGAAUUCUUUUCUCCUGGACCCGUAGAUUUGUUGAUCGGCAGCAAUGUCAUGCCAAAAUUACUUCUUGAUGGGGUCAAGAAGUUGCCAAAUUCUCUUUUGGCCCAAGCGACUAUAUUUGGGUGGAUAAUUAGCGGUCCAUUAGAAACCCUCAAUUGCUCAUCAUUCGCUAUUGAAACCACCGAAACUUCUGAGGAUCCGAUAAGCCAACAACUGCGAUUGUUUUGGGAGCAGGAAGAGAUUCUUUCAAGCCCUCCUAUAUCCCCAGAUGAUGAGUAUUGCGAAAGUUUUUUCUGUCAAACCACCACUCGAAACGCAGAAGGUCGAUACAUAGUAAAACUUCCUUUUAAGUCCGAAAAUCACAAGGAACUAGGUCUAGGCAUUUCACGACAUAUUUCCCUUAUCCAGUACUUGCGUAUGGAACAGUCUCUAGGCAGGAAACCAGAAAUGGCGAACACAUAUUACAAUAUAUUAAAGGAAUAUAUUUCCCUUGGCCAUAUGGAGGAGGUUACGCCUCAUGAAAUUUCCAAAGACUCAUCUCAAAGUACAUACUACCUGCCCCACCAUGCGGUCCUUAAGCCUGACAGUCGUAGUACAAAAGUGAGGGUUGUUUUUAACGCCUCUCAGCGAACCUCCUCAGGAAAGUCCCUUAAUGACGUGUUGUAUAUCGGUCCAUCCCUACAAUUAGACCUUUCGACUUUGAUUUUGAACUGGCGUCUGUAUAGGUACGUUUUCAGCGGUGACAUCGAGAAGAUGUACCGCCAGAUAUUAGUUCACAAGGACCACACGAACUUCCAAAGGAUACUUUUCCGGCCAGAACCCACUAGUCCCAUUAGAGAUUAUGCCCUUAAUACCGUGACUUUUGGUGUUAGUUCAGCCCCCUACUUGGCAAUAAGGACAAUUUUGCAGUUAGCUCGUGAUUCAGCGGAUAUACACCCUCAGGCGUCUCAAAUUUUGCAGAGAGAAAUUUACGUCGAUGACGUCCUCUCAGGAGCACACAAUAUAGCCUCAACUAUUGAUUCCCUAUCACAAUUAAUCAAAGUCCUAAGUUCAGCCGGUUUUCCUUUCAAAAAGAUAACUUCAAACUGCCCACAAGUUAUAAAUUCCGUCCCAAAGGAUUGUCUGUUGGAUACGAAUUUUCUAAAGUUCAAUGAAACUAGUUCGGCAAAGACAUUGGGUAUCCAAUGGAACGCCCUCAACGACCAAUUUUCGUAUCAAGUUGCAAAUAUAUCGCCCUCUGAAGCUAUAACUAAAAGGCAAAUAUUAUCGGCUUCUUCGAAGCUUUUCGACCCAGCUGGUUGGAUUUCCCCAAUAAUCAUCCAGGCAAAAUUCCUUUUGCAACAGCUGUGGUUGGAAGGGACCGAUUGGGACGAGAAUGUAAAGCCCUCCUCUCUAUUAAAGUGGAAUAAAUUUGUCGUAAAUCUUUCCCAGCUGGCUGAUAUAAAAAUACCUCGCUGGAUCAAUUUUGCCCCAUUAUAUCAUACGCAGAUACACGGUUUCUGUGACGCCUCAGAAAAGGCGUACUGUGCUGCGGUCUACUUGAGAACUCGAACGGAGGAUUCUGUCCAGUGCCACCUUCUUGUCUCCAAAACGAAGGUCGCUCCUAUUGAUCCAAACUACGAUAUGUUUCUCUGGUGUGAUUCGUCCAUUGUACUGGGCUGGCUGGAAAAACCACCUAAUACGUGGAAAACUUAUGUGGCCAACAGGACUUCCAAAAUCCUCCACAAUGUUGGAAACUGCAUCUGGCGUCAUAUACGCUCCGCAGAUAAUCCAGCAGACCUAGGAUCCCUGGCACAUAAUUAUAAGUACACCUUUGAAGAGUUCUCCACUCUAUUAAUUCGUAUUGAAGCUGUUUUGAAUUCUCGGCCACUAUCACCUAUGACCGAUGAUCCCCACGAAAUAUUGGCAUUGACACCAGGACAUUUUCUGAGGGGUGCCCCAUUGAUGGCCUUUCCAGAAACACCCUCAGAACCCCUUUGUUUAACAGAUAGAUGGGAUAAACUCAAGGCUCUUCAGCACCAAUUCGCUCGUCGAUGGAAGGACGAGUACUUGAAAGAACUCCACAGAAGAGAAAUAUUCCAUUAUAGGGGUCCUAAAAAUUCAAACCUACACCAGUGUCUCAUCUGCCGUAAGUAUCAUCCGUUGAAAUACUGCAAAAUGUUCUUGGCAAUGAGCGUUAAGGAUCGGCGUCGAGCUGUGCGAGCUCAUGGGUAUUGUAUGAAUUGCAUGGCAAGAUCACAUGAUUCAGCAGGCUGUACAUCACCGGACUUGUGUCAGAGCUGCGGCCAUGCACAUAAUACACUAUUGCAUCUUCCUAUUACAGAUCGUAUACAAGCUAGACCUUCCAAAAAAUGUGAAACUCCAAGAAAUGUACGCUCUAAUGUCACAAGGCAAAAUAAAUCGGUGAGAAACCAAAAUGGAAUUAACAGACGGAAUUUAGCCGAGUGUAAACGACAACGAUCUCAACAAAAGACAACCUCUUCACUUCCUCCCACUACAAAUUUACGGCGAUGUGUGCAGAUUGCGAUGAUGGCAUUGGAUCGUCUGCAAAGGACUCUUUAA